ACAGGACUUUAACUGUCUGUGAGAGUCCCACGCCCCUUACUGAAUUACUGGAGAUCAGAGCAGCGCGACCGCCCUUCACUCUCUGACCAAGGAAGAAGCAUCAAGGCAGAGCUCGUGCCAUGAGGUGAUCACUCCAUUAACCCGUUUUGUCCGGACGAGUUUCUCCCCAUCACCUGUCUCACCUGUAGACAUGGGGUUAUCUUGGAGGUGGCAGGGCAGCGCCGGAGCGUUCAGGGCCACAGUAGGACUGUUGCUUCUAGGGCUCAGUGUGGCCCAGUCCAUCUCUCCACAGUCGUGUCCAGCAGCUGCUGCCCCACAGGCCCUCGUCCAGCCCCACUACCAGGACACAGAAGGGAAGGACAGCAGUGCGGGCUUCAUGGCUCCUUUUGUUCAGUCCUUCCUCAACACAGUCCAGCCCAACCCAUUUCCCAAAGAUCUGAUCCUGAAAUUACUGAAACUACAGGAUUAUAAACAAGUGCAGUCAGAUCAAGAACUCCUCAAAGAAGUGCUGGUGUAUGAAGUGGGUUUUCUGGUGUGUGUAGCUAUUGGCAUCGUGUACAUCGUUCUGGUGCCCGUAGUUGGUUUCUUCUUGGCGUGCUGUCGCUGCUGUGGCAACUGUGGUGGGAAGAUGUACCAGAAGCAGACAUCUUCCAUAAACUGUCGCAGAAGAACUCUCUACUGGACUACAUUUGUCACUACAGUCAUUAUCCUAGCUGGGAACAUAUGCAUGUUCAAAAGUAACGAAGCCGUCAAAGUGUGUGUGGACCAAAGUCAAGUGAAGCUCAACCAAACUAUAGAUAACAUCCGAUCCUUCCUCACAGCUGUGCCUCAGCAAGUGAAUCAUGUGGUUAAUGAGAGCUUCACAACUGUGGAGGAGGUUUCCAGAAACCUAGAUGCCAUUGGACCACAGCUGGGAGCAGAGGUCAAGGAGCGAUUCAGAGGAACUCUAGAUCCAGCGCUGAACUCAGUCAGACUACUGGACCAAGAGACUGUAAACGCCAAUCUUCAGCUGAACACCCUGAAUUCAUCUUUGGCCCAGCUGCAGUCCAGCACAGACCGCCUUCAGGCCAACGUCACUAAUGUUAGAAAUCAAAUCAAUCAGACUUUAUCCAAGCCAAACUGCAUCGGCUGUAACAUCCUGCAGCCCGAGCUACAGAACUUAAAACUGGAUACCUCCAUCGAUACUUCCAGCUUAAAUGAAUUCCAGUCUGCUUUGGAUGAAAUCAAGAAAACAAAUCUCAAAUCCCAAAUUAAGAAGGUGGAAGACUAUUUUCACAGCAUCCCUCAGAGAAUCACCAAUGAAACCAAGGAUGUAGUUCAAAGCAGCAAGCAGAUGUUGGAUAACAUCAAAACACAGAUCUCCCAGGUUACCAAUAACAUCCCUUUAUCUGCUCUGAACAACGUAUUUGAGACCCUAAACCAGGCGCAGAGACAAAUCGACAUGGCCACAUCAGAGGUCGAGAGAGCCGAGAAUAUUAGAUGGGCAGUGUGUGUGGCUCUGAGCUGCGUGGUGCUCCUGGUGGUGGUGUGUAGCCUCCUGGGUCUGGUCCUGGGCCCGCUGGGUCUCUCACCCAAAUCAAACCCCACAGAACGCUCCUCCACGGCAGAUUGUGGAGGAACCUUUCUCAUGAUGAGUGCAGGUUUCAGCUUCCUCUUUUCCUGGCUCUUCAUGAUAGCAGUGCUGGUGCUGUUCCUGCUGGGCGGGAAUGUUUACACUCUAGUCUGUCGGCCCUGGAGCAACGGACGACUGCUAGAGUUCAUUGAUACUCCAGGUUUAAUUCCAGGGUUGGAUAUUGGUUCAACUCUGGGAUUGAAAAACAACAUCAGUAUCUCUGCUAUCUAUAGUGACUGUGAGAAAAACCAGCCUCUGUGGACUACGCUCCACUUGAAUGAGCUCGUAAACCUUGACGACCUGCUCAAUGUGUCUAAAUACACGCAGCAGAUCCAGCAGCACUUUGAAGAUACAGACAUCACUCUGUCCAGCGUCACUCUCCUGAGCCCUGAAGUUAAAAACCAACUCAGCAGCUUCCCCAGCAAGGCUUCAAGUAUUGACACCACUGCCUUCAUACAGCAGAUGAACAGCAUUUCCAGCAUCAACCUGAAUACAACAGCAGAAAAACUUGAUAUUCUUGCUAACACACAGCCAAACAGUGAUAUUCAAAAAGAGCUCCAAAAUGGGGCCCGAGACCUGAGGCAGAUCCAGGCCGACAUAGAAACAACCAUCAUCCCACAACUGAAAAACCUGAACUCGACCAUCAAGAGCCUUGGAUCUAUCGUAGAAAAAAUCAAUGGAACAGUGGGGGAGGUGCUGAGCAACGUGGGAGCAGCACAAGACUUCCUCAACACAAAUACGACACAGAUCGUCAAGACCGAGAGCAGAAAGUUUAUGGACUGUCAGCUGAGUUACUUCAUUAUGUAUGCCGACUGGGCCAACAUCACGAUCACACAGCAGGUGGGCCGCUGUGGGCCGGUGGCAGAAGCUGUGGACUCUGUUGAGUUUAUUGUCUGCUCACACAUGGUGGAGUCUCUGAACGCGUUCUGGUUCAGUCUCGGCUGGUGCUUGAUCUUCUUCAUCCCCAGCAUCAUCUUCGUUAUCAAACUAGCCAAAUACUACAGGAGGAUGAAAUAUUCUGAUGUCUAUGACGACCAUAUACCUAUGAACCACAUCCCACGGCCCCAGAUGAAAUUCAGCUGAGACGAUGGCACAUGUGUGUAACAGCUUUAAAAGACUGCAGGCACGACUCCACAAAAUAAGGACACAUGGUGCACUCCUGCACAGAUGUGCCACAUUAUCGCUCUGAAAAAUCUCAAACUGAAAAAAUAGUGAAGUUGUCUACUUUACAUUUAUUAUAAUUUCUACCAUAAAGGGGAGAACCACGGUCUUACAAUUCAUAUCAAACAUCACACACAGCAUUUUUUAAAUGAUCUCAGGGGGACACAGGGACAUAAGAGAUUCUGCAGGGACUUUUUCAUCACUUUAAAUAAAAAUUUCAAUGAGAUUUAUUGUAGUAAAUACAUGUUUUGUAUGUUUUUAAUGUAUGAACUGAGAUGCUGCUGGAUUCUAAGAAUAUUAUGCUUCAUAUUUCAAAUUAUAAAGCAGAUUUUUGUUGGGAGUUCAUCACAUUUACACUGAUUAAUAUACUGUGCCAACAGGCUUUUUAUAUUGUGCCAGCCUCUGUCUGUUCACUGACAUGCUUCGGCAACUUAAUUACAAUGGGAAACACUUUUUAAUUAAAUUCUUAAUUACAUUUGCACUAAUAUUGAAAAUCAACGCACAUGUUUUUUUGUAUGAAUCAUGAAAUGAUUACACUUUUUGUGUGACUGGUACAAUUGAUGUCACUGCCGUUCUACAAUGCAAGUUUUUUGUUACCGUUUUGCUUGCAAAUAUGUUUUUGUACAUUUCCACUGAUGUGAUUUGUGAUUCCAUAAUGAUGAUUUUUGUACUUCUUUGUACUUGAUAGUAGAUUGUUUUAUCUUUUUCUGUUACACAGCACUUUACAUGUUCUCUUUUCACAUUAUGAUCAAAAGUUUGUAAACAAUUCUACCAGCUGUUGCGAAAACUACUGUAAGUAAAGAAUUGCCACUG